GCACAUUCCGGAAAAAGUGAAUUGUUUACUAAUACGUCGAUGUCAGUCGCCUGAAACCUGCUGUGGAAGAGAAGAAUGGUUAUAUCUUCUACUCAUGCAAUUUAUUGGUUUGUGAUUUCUUGUUGUAUUUCGCUGUCAGUUGCCAUUCGUCGGUGAGGUUGUUCUUCCCCAGCGGUUUAUCCGGUUGUUGGAUCAUGUGAGUAAAAUGUACUGGAGCCAGACAGUGACAAGCUAACACUAGCAAGUCAACAAGUCCGAUGUUUUCACUGGCUGGGCUGGCAUAUGGGUCCUCACAAGCCGAAACAAUCCUAACCAAGUUGUCCGCUGCUGCUACUUGUGACUAAGACGAUUAGCAUGAGAGCAAGAUCAUUGUCCUGACGUUGGAAUAAGAGUUGGCGAAAGUUUGCUGCCAUGGCGGAGGGAGCUGGCAAACUGCCGCUCAGGCGCCUGGAACCGCCCAUCCAUAAGUUUACCAAAGUGGCCAUUCCUACCGAUCUGCAGAGACUUCAGCAACAUCAGCACAACAUAGAAAAGUUUCAGAGAAGCCAACAAUGGGACAGACUCCACCAGGAACACAUCAACUCCAGCCGUACUGUGCAGCAACUGCGCUCCAACCUGCGGGAAAUGGAGAAGCUGUGUGGGCGUGUCCGGGGCGAAGAUGCCGCUGCACUUGACAAACUGGUCCAGCCAAUCAGAGAGCAGGCAUCCGCCGCAGCCCUGGACUUCUUGCGUCUCCAUUCAGAGGCUGUCAAUCACCCGCUGCCAUCACAGCCAACCGCCUCACACACACAGCAUGACCCAUCCUGUGGUGAUGACGAGAUGGCCACCUCACUGGGGGUCACACAGAUGCAGCUGCCGCAAAUUCCACCGGAGCAGAACGCUGCGGAGAGCUGGGACUCUCUGGAGGAGGAUUUGCAGGAGCUAAGUGGUUUGGUCAAUGAAUUUGCCUUACUUGUUCAUUCGCAGCAGGAGAAGAUUGACAGCAUUGAGGAGAACGUUAGCGUGGCGGCGACCAACGUGGAGGAGGGGGCGCGCAGCCUCGGGAAGGCUGCCAGGUCAGGAUUGGCCGUGCUGCCGGUGUGCGGAGCUCUGGUGGGCGGGGUGUUGGGUGGACCCCUCGGCCUGAUGGCAGGAUUUAAAUUGGUGGGCGUGGCCUCGGCCAUCGGCGGUGGGAUUCUUGGGUUUGCCGGCGGCAACCUGAUCCAAAAACGCAAACGAGAGCGCGUGGACGUCCAGCUCCAGCAGCUGAAGAACACACACGAUGAUUAAAAUGAACUAUUGUACUCACACACACACGUCUACUGACAAGCACACAAACAGACUCCAAGCAUACAGUUGGAUUUGUACACAAAACCUGUGAUUCCUGUUAUAUUCAAGAGUUGUUUGUUUGCUUGCUCAAUCACUGAGCUGCUUUAAUUUCACAGAGGUCGCAGCAAUCACACACGACUCUCGGUGAAUCUUGAACUAGCCUCGUGCCAAAAGAUGUCAUUGUUUAUGCUCAAAGCCAUUUGAUUAGCCCAUUUUAUUUGCCUUAAUUAUACACCACAAGCCUCUGCUGUAGUUCUGGCACUUGAAUCAAAGCCCAAUGAAUGUGACUGACACAUCGCCAUCCACAUUCACACACGCCUGAUGAUCAGUUCUUAACCUCCACCAAGCCUUAUUGGAGGUGCUGCAGUAUGGGAGUGGUGGUUGACUGAUGGGCUGUCUGACUCUGACUGUACAGUGAUGCACUUGAAAUAAUAAAUAUUUAGAAUAAUUUAACAUAUCCUAAUAAUUGAACAUAAACAUACUGUAUUGAUAUGCACACUGAAUAUCCACUCUGCCUCAUAGGGAUGAGUCUGGCUGUCACUUAGUGAUAAUGUUAUAAAUAAAAUAUAUUACCAAUGAGAGGGGUUAUUUCCUGUAUAACCUCAAGACUGUAUGAAGCUGCUUAGCCACUGAGCACAUGGCAGCAUUCUCUAUGGUUCUGUGAUGAGCCUGACACUAGACAGCGAGACUGCCGACAGCAACUAAACGAAUGCAGGGAGUUGAGGAUGGAAAUGGGAAGAAAUGGUUUGACUAUUGACUAGCAGGACGGUAACUUUUCUUUUAAUAAUUAACAGUGCUGGCAAAUGCUACUCCUU